GCGUCGGGUCAGCCGGGUUUUCUCUACUCUACAAAUUUACUUGGAUUUUGCCACUUUUUAACUUUCUUCAUUGUAUUUUACCUUAUAUGUGUGUUGCCUAACUGUACAUAGUCAACCAGAAGUGAUUCAUUUUACUACUAUCAUUCAUCAACGUGUGAUUUUAAUCAACGAUUUGCAGUGGUAAUGUAGCAACUAUUACUACGGUCCCAUUAACUGACUUUCGUGUUAUUUUUGUACAUUUGAUUGCCACUGAACUCCACUCAUGAGUCAUGUACUUUAUAUAUGGAGCUAGUCAGAGCUACGAUUCUUUUUUUCUUGUUCAUCGAAGUGACUGAUUGCCUACUCUUGCCAUUGUAGUUGAGCUUAUUCGUCUAUUAUCUCCUGGUAUCAUUGUUCAUCAUUCUAUGCAUUCUUCUAUUCUUCAUCCUUUCAUGCCUUUGUGAGAAAAGGUGAAUGAACUGAGUCUGAGUGAUCACUUCAACUACAUUGAGUCUAGACUAUAUACAUUAUCAGUCAAUGCUUCAACUUCAAGUAUGACCACUAGGAGUAUGGCCAUGGAGAAAUCAACGGCAACUAUGGUGUCUGCGGUGAUUAAAGACAUUCUCACUGAUCCUAGGUUUGAAAGUGUUGUGGCUGGUCAUAUAGAGAAACGUCUGUUAGAUAUCAAGGAAGAACUACAAACCCAAGAAGCACGUAUUCUUGACCUAGAAUCAACAUCGAAAUCCAAGAGCGCUGAAAUUGAAUCCCUUCGAUCCCAAUUGGAAACCCGAACGAACGCUUUAAAUGCCUUGAACAAUCGUCUGGAAGGUCUGGAGCAGUAUUCUAGGAGAAAUUCCCUUCGCUUCUUCGGCAUUAAAGAAUCACCUGGUGAGAACACAGAUGACAUCAUUAUAAAGCUUGCCACGGAUAACCUGAAGAUGAAUCUGCGCAAAGAGGACAUCGAUCGCAGCCAUCGCAUAGGUCCACCCAAGGAGUCCACCUCUGAAAACACCAAACCACGGGCUAUCAUCGUUAAGUUCGCUUCGUACAGGAAACGUCGCGAGGUCAUCGGAAACCGGCGUAAACUAGCAGGUAAACGAAUGUCCAUCUUAGAAGACCUGACUGCAAAGAAUGCUGUUCUUCUCAAUGCCGCUCGCCUUAGUCCUAAAGUGAAAUCUGCAUGGUCCAUCGACGGUCGAAUAUUUGCAUUACCAAAUACUGCUGGUAGCGUGAAGAAACUCUUAACUUGUAAGGAAGAUAUAAACAAGCUCUGAUCACAUGUAUUGAUCUGCCAUGUAUACUUCUGGUUGACUCUUACCAUUUAUCCUCCUCACUAUGAAACUGGACUCUUAUCUCGAACUUUUUGAACUUUAUAGCUACUUUUUUCCCACUUUGGCGGGACCAAUGUUAUUUGUAAUACUGUAUAGAAUGUUUUCAUAUUUUGCAUGUUUCUUGUUUCUCUUUCCUUAUUAUUCUCAACUACUCUGUUUUGUCUCAACUAUUCCUCCUGUAUCCUUUUCCUGUUAUUUCUAUUACUUUAUUAUAUUGCUUACACAACUUGAUGUCAGGUGAUGAUUUCUACAGUUGUAAUACCAAUGCUCCUUUGCAAUUUUCAUAUAUGUAUGAUUCUGUAUUCCCUUUUCAGGGUAUAGGUGACGAUGAAUUCAGUGCAAUAUUUCAAGAUACAGUGACAUGUACAGAUUUUGAUAGACAUAUGUUUAAUGAACUCUCACAAAAUAACGAUGAAUUCCAUUUUAGCAGAUUUCUUAACUGUAAAUAUUUUGUUGACGACGAUUUUACCUCUCAGUUCAACGACGUUCAUAAUCAUUUUAGUAUUCUUCAUUUCAAUUCUCGUAGUCUAAACAAAAACUUCAAUGCUAUCUCUACUUUCAUAUCCACUUUGUGUAUCGAUUUCUCAAUAUACGGUUUCUCUGAAACAUGGAUCUGUAAAAAUACCCCUUUGUUAUUUAACAUUCCAGGUUAUUAUUUUGUCCACUCUAGCCGUCAACAUGGCAAAGGUGGUGGUGUUGCUUUAUUAGUUUCUGAUACUUAUAAUUUUAAUAUCCGUAAUGAUUUUUUACAACCUUCAAAUAAUUAUGAAUCACUUUUUAUUGAAAUUGACAUGUUUAGAGAAAAGAACAUUAUAAUAGGUGUAAUAUACAGGAAACCUCAAUCAAAUAUAAAUGAAUUUUCAACCAUCUUUGAAAAUUGUUUAAACAAGCUUGAUUCUGAAAACAAACAGGUUUAUUUAAUGGGUGACUUCAACAUAGAUAUUUUGAAGUAUACUAAUGCUACUAUAAGUAAUUUUCUCAGUAUAAUACAUUCUCACUUCUUUAUUCCUUUAAUUGACAAACCUUCUAGGGUUACUGCUGGAUCUAUGUCACUCAUUGAUAAUAUAUUUACCAAUAAUUUUGAUUUAAAUGUUUCCUCUGGUCUAUUCUACAAUGAUAUAUCUGAUCACUUCCCUAUUUUUCAAAUAACACAGAAACAAUUUCCUGUCCAUGGUAUUCCUGAGCUUAGUCUACGUCUUAUCAAUGAUGAUACUAUUAAUGCAUUUAAACAUGAGCUCCUAGAUUAUGACUGGACUAAAUUAUUUGAUAUUACUGAUACAACGCUUGCUUUUGACAAAUUUCUUGAUACUUUUACUCUUUUAUACAAUAAAGUUUUUGUAACAAAAUCAUAUAAAUCCACCCGUAAAAAAAUCAAAAAGCCAUGGAUUUCUCCUGAUCUUUAUAAAAAAAUCAAAGAUAAGAAUAGAAUUUAUAAAUCAUAUAUAUUAAACCCUUCUGAAAGCAACAGGCAAAAAUAUGUUAAAGCAAGAAACCAUAUAAAUAGGUUAUUAAGGUAUGCUCGUAAAGACUAUUACAAAACUAAAUUUUUUGCAAUGAAGGGAAAUAUGAAACAAACUUGGCGGCUCAUCAAUGAUAUAUUACAUAAAACAAAAAAUAAAUUACCAAAUUAUAUCAAUGCUGAUGGAAGGCGAAUCACAGAUUUUAAAGAGAUAGCUGAUUUUUUUAAUACUUAUUUCGUCAACAUUGGUUUAUCUUUAAACAAUUCAAUAUCUCAGACUUCAAACAGCUCUGAUAAUUUUACCAAAUUCUUGCCCAUGCAAAAUUCAAAUUCUCUUUACUUCAAACCUAUUACUGAGAGCGAUAUCACUGAUGUUGUUAAAAAGCUAAACUGUACAAAUAGUUGUGGCAUUGAUAAUUUUAAUCCUCGAGUUAUAAAGAAUGUUAUAUAUUGUAUAGUCAAACCAUUAUGAUUUAAUCUUUAAUUUCUCUAUUUUGACUGGUAUUGUACCUUUCAAAUUAAAGAUUGCAAAAGUUAUACCUGUUCAUAAGAAAAGUGAUGUUCAUGAUGUUUUUAAUUAUCGACCAAUUUCCAUACUUCCUUAUUUUUCAAAAAUUCUGGAAAGGCUUAUUUACAAUCGACUUUAUGAUUUUUUAUGUACAAAUUCAAUUUUAAAUGAAUGUCAAUAUGGUUUCCUAAAGAAUGUUUCAACCGAAAUGGCUGUAAUUGAUUUACACGAUUAUUUAAUUAAUGUUUUCAAUAAAAAACUUUACUCUAUUGGAGUAUUCUUAGACUUAAGCAAAGCUUUCGACACCAUUGACUUUUCAGUACUUAUAUCAAAACUUUAUAAUUAUGGAAUAAGAGGGUUACCUCUUCAGUGGUUUCAGAAUUAUUUAUACAAUAGAAUUCAAUACGUUUCUUUUAACAAUAUUUUGUCCAACCCAUUAGAGAUUUCAUGCGGCGUGCCCCAGGGGUCAAUCCUCGGGCCCCUCCUUUUUCUGAUAUAUAUCAAUGACCUGCCUUUUUGUUCUGAUAAAUUGAAAUUCAUUUUAUUUGCUGAUGACUCCAAUAUUUUAUUUACUUCAAAUGAUAUUACUUCUCUAUAUGACACAUUAAACAUUGAAUUAUUGAAAGUUUCGAACUGGUUUAAAUGUAAUAAAUUGGUAAUUAAUGCUGAUAAGUCUAACUUCAUAUACUUUUGUUCCCAAUAUCGACGUUUAUCAGCAGAUAUCCUCGAUUCAUUUAAAUUGGAAAUGUCAGGAAACUAUAUCAAACGUGUUACCUCAACCAAAUUCUUGGGUAUUACUAUUGACGAAAAUUUAUCUUGGAAAACUCAUAUAGCCCAAAUUAACAAAACAAUAUCUAGAAAUGUUGGUGUCAUCAGCAAACUUCGCCAUGUCUUGCCUCAAUCCGUUUUGCUAAUGUUAUACAAUACUCUUAUUUUACCGUAUCUCAGUUACUGUAAUAUUGUUUGGGCAAAUACUCAUCCAACCAAACUCAAAUGUUUAUACCUCCUGCAAAAGAGGGUUGUCAGAAUAAUUACACUUUCUCAUUAUCAAGCCCAUUCUAGCCCACUAUUUAAACAACUCAAUAUAUUAGAUGUAUACCAGUUAAAUGACUAUAUGUGUGCAAUUCUCAUAUUUAAACAUGUAAACACUCAACUUCCUAAAUACAUAUCGGAUAUGUUUGUAAAGAACAGUUUAAUUCAUACUUAUAAUACUAGAAACAGGAAUCAAUACCACAGAUGGAAUGUGAAUACAGAAUUUACUUUUUAUUCAUGUAGGCAUCAUGCUCCUACAAUCUGGAAUUCACUCCCUACAUUUAUAACCUCUAUUUCAUUUUAUAACAGAUUUAAGCACAAUGUAAAGCUAUAUUUGAUCAAACGUGACUCUCGUUGAAGUUUAAAUGAUUUUUGUCUUCUUUCCUUUCAACCCCCCCCCCCCUCUGCUUUUCAUUCUCUCCUACCCUUUUCAUGUAUGUUUGUUCUGGGUUAGUCUUGGUGCAAGACGCAAUUCAUUUUUAUUUACUGAAUAUUUACUGAAUUUGUUCUCCGCUCUUAUUAAUUGAUCAAAUCUUAUGCAAGUAAGGGAGCUGUCUUGACAAGACCUUUACGGUCUUUUACAGCUAUACCUAAUUUCAAUACUUUUUCUAUUCAAUACGCA